AUGAAGUGGAACUCAAAUAAUAUUGUGGAAUUUCUCAACAUCUACCAGCAGUACCCUGUGUUAUGGAAUAUAAAAGACAAAGACUAUUGCAACACAAAAUUAAAGGAUGGGAUUUUCCAACGUCUUUUUAAUGAACUUAAUGAAAAGCAGUUAAUUGGAGGAAUGGAUGUAAUGCAAUUGAAAGCUAAAAUCAAAUCAAUUAAAGACGUAUACAGACAAGAACUGCACAAAAUCAAAAGAAGUAUGAAAAGUGGCUGUGGUACUGAGGAAGUUCAUUCGCCAAAGCUAGCAUGGUUCAAUGAAGCAAAUUAUAUGGAAGAGGUUAUGGCUACAAGAAGUAGCAAAUCAAAUUUGGAUAUCUCAGAAAACAGUUCAGAAGAAAUGCCAGAAGAAAGCAGUGAAAGCUGUAGGGAAUCUGCUCAGUCCGACAAAGACAACUGUCAAGAGGGACGCUUGAAGAAUAAGUCGCCUACAAAAAUGAUACCACCAGCGACGUCAACGAAAAGGGCGAAAAGACGAGCAGCACCCGAAAAAUCACCUUCUGAAAUAUCAGAAGCGAUUAAUCAUUUGGACAAAAUUGCACAAAAUGCAGCUGAGGAGAAGCCCUAUGAUGGGUUCGGAAAGUAUGUUGCAUCUGAGCUUCGACAGCUUCCACAACGACAAGCCAUCUUGCUACAACAAGAAAUUCAGAACUGUAUCAUUCAGUCUAAGCUAUCCUCUUUGGAGCAUAUAGUUGAUUCAACCCCAGAGCCAACCAAUACUGCAUUUUCACCAUCUUCCAAUCAGUCUCUUGCUUCGCAUUCUUCAAACGACGAUGAAGAUGUUUUAAAGCAGGUAAUGAUUACGUUUGGACCAAGUAUGCUGUAAUACUAUAUAGAUAAUGUAACUUUCAUACAAUAUAUCCUUACAAAAAAAA